GGCACACACGAGCGCCUAUUUCACCAGAUAUUUUGCACGUUUCGAUGACUUCGGCCAGAGGCGGCACUUUCGAAAGCACGACGCGCCCGUGGCUUGCCCUAAAAAGCUCGCGCAAGCUUACGAUCAGGUCGUAUGUGUAAGUUUGUUUCUCAAAACCCGACAACGUGUCGUCUCAUGUAGAAUCAAAAAAUAUCUCGCAUGGGAAAGUUCACACACGCAACAACGCGUUUCUACGAACAGAAUAGUUUUGUUUUCUGAAAAUAAAUUUUAUGUCUCUGAAAAAUUCGACCACUUAGAAUAGAGGCAUUAAGCUCUGCCAAAAAUAAGGAGUUUGUUUAGAUUAGUAUUCAAACUCAAUUUCUUACGUAGGUUUUUGGAUCAGUGUUGAGUUCAAAGAUGAAGACUUUACAAUCGAGAAAUAAUCACGUUCGUCCUUGCAUUAAAGAAGUUACAUACAUUGCUGUGGUUCCAAAUCCAUCAAGAUUUAUUAAUCGGCGAAUAGCGGAACUUCCUUCUUUAAGAUAUGGUUCUUUAGGAUCUAAAAGUCCCGUAUCAGGACCUCUUCGAUUAUCAAAUAAAGUUGUCAAUUCUGAAACUUUUCCAAGAACAACAAAGAAGAUAUCCUUAAAAAAUGAAUGUCAAGAAGUUGAUAAGUUUGGUGUUAACAAAAACCACCGUCGAGUCCGUUUUACACUUCCGCCGGCGGAGGGCGCCAACAAAACCCGCUCGAACACGUUUUCGGAGUCUCUAAAACGCGUCGCGGCGGGAGAUCAGCAGCUGAAAUAUCGUUCAGGCGCCAGUUCGCGUUCGGCUGAAGCGCGAGGCGUACGUUUGAAUUCGAUCCAAUCGGAGCGCUCAACAUACAACACUAGGCGCGAAGUUAAAGAAGUAAGGAAAGAGCCUAAAGGGAACGGUUCUUGUUGUUUGGCAUCUUUGGAGACCGAUUACGAAGACGACGACGAAGAGAUUUUAGCGACUUGUGUUCCCGUUUCGGUAACCGCAUCUCCUGCUGUUAGGACUCGCAUACAUCCCACGGGACGUUACGUUCGUGGCACCCUGUCACCCACUGCAAACACGGCGGCCCCCGUGGCCCCAAAUCCCGGAGGACAGCUUCUGCUCCGAGCUGCCAGGGAUGGCGAAGAGGGGCUUCUCAGGGACAUACUUAGAAGGGCUGCUUUGGUCGGUAUUGCGGAUGCAGACAUCAAUGGUACAGAUAAUAGUGGAAGAACUGCUUUAAGUUACAUAGCAUCCAACGGCUCUGUGGAAAUAUUAGACCAAAUAUUACAACUACCGAAUUUAGAUCCAAAUAUAUCCGACAAUGAAGGAAACACGCCAUUACAUUUCGCCGCUCAAGCAGGACAAGUUGAAUGUCUGAAUUGUAUGUUAACGCGUUGCAGAGGUAUAGAGAUCGACUCAAGAAACAAUUUGGGAUUUACACCACUCAUGAAAGCCGCAUUGCAAGGGAGAAAUAAGUGUGCCAAACUUCUUUUAUUUGCUGGAGCUAACCCGACCCUUAGGGACAACGGACGUGGCCUCCGGGCGGACCAAUGGGCCCGAUUUUGCGGCCGUUACGUGUGUGCGGACGUUAUAGAGAAGUUGGCCAGACAACGCUUGUUAGAAAGGUCCACGUCGUACGGCAAUUGGGGCAUUGAGAAUGAGAUGGGAGCAAGGAUUCUUCUUGGAAAGGUCGUUCCCGUACCACAAAUCCCACAACAAUCCUCACACGGCAUCAAGUCUAAAUUAAGAAAGGUAUUCAGGACGUCUUCCGGACCAGGCCAGAAUGACCACGUUUCCAGCGCCAGAUUGGUUACGCAAUUGACCAGCGCCGCUCUUUGUGCUAGCACGCCCGUCUUACCAAGCGCACCAACAGUACCUCCCGUGGUAAAAUCUCUUAUCAGACCAUUAACAGUUCCGCGUCUUCAAAUAACCCUCGUCAAUAACAACAACGAGAUCAUCAACUCCAAUCUAACUAAUGGACUUUCAAAGUCGCAAACAAACGUAACCGAUGAUUCUAUCAUCAAACCAGCACGUACCAAGAAAAAGAAGUAGCAGAGAAGGUUGUCCAUGUAAUUACUUUUUACAUGGAAAUUAAAAGGUAGUUUUUAAAAGAGACUGUUUCAUUUUUUUAUGUUUUUCUUGAUUUUUGUAAAUGUACUUAUUUUUACAAUCUCAAAAUGAAAUUAUUAUUACUCUUUAAAUAAUAAUAAUAAUAUUAACAUGUCUAUAAACUCACGUGUGUACAAGAUUUCUCCGUCUAGUUAUAAGCGAUUAAAGUUUUUGCUGUAUUAAAAAAAAAUAAGAAGGGAAAUAAAUCGUCUUCCAAAAUAAAUUUCAAGCGACGAAGAAGACGUAAAAAUACAUCAACCAAAAAUUUAUCAAAGUACUUAAAACAGCUACUGAGUGGCGAUGUUUUCUGUUUCGGGUCCAAGUUGCAUCGCUCAAAAAACCGCUAUUGGUAAUUUUUAAAGCGGGGACCAUAAAAUUAAAAGAAACAAGUUGGGUAUAAAAAAGAUCUGAUUAUAUUUAUAUGUGUAGAAUCCGAAAAUUGGUGCUAUUUGAUGCAAAAUUAAAAAAAAAAAGUUGGGUCAGUUUUGUAAGAAUAAAGAAGAGUUGAAUAUAAAAUAAAUAACGUUGUAGAAUAUAUAAAAAUGUGUAUAUGAAUAUAUUAUUAUUACCCAGUAAUACUGUUUGUGAUAUUAUAUAGAUCUGUGUAUUUAAAAAAAAAUAAAGUGGUUACCUUUUUUUGUACCUCUAACUUUAUUUUUGUUGGAGUAAAUUGUAACUUUAGGGACAAUUUGUGUAUUUAGAAUAAAAUUUUAGAGUGUAAGUUUUAAAAGCGUUUAUAAAAUGGAAACAACCAUUUAAAAUAAAAACAUAAACCUAAACAAAACUGUGUAACAUGUUGAAACAAUUUUUUUUUAUUAUGAAUAACAUCCAUUAUAAGACAUCCGAUUUAAAACGAUUUAAAAAUAUACAAAAUGACAAACUAUAAA